AUGGAUCCUCAGCGCCUUCCUCCUCCUCGGGUACCUUCUCCAAUUCGUGACCCAGACACAGUAGUGGUGCCUUCAACGCAACCUAGAGCCAAUACCACCGGGGAAGAUUCAGAAGCUCAGCGACUACAGCUCGCUACCACACCUCCCAAGACACCUCCCCGCAGUACCUCCACCGCACCUUUAUCGCCAGGUUCGGUAGAAAAGCAGGAGGAGAACGAUCCUUUCGAUACCCCGGAGCGGCAGGCCAGUGUUCAACAUCAUGGAACAGGGAUUGACGCGCCGUUGCCUAGUGCCCGUCUUGCAGGGGAAUAUCAGGGUUUUAGGAGGCCAAGGACGACUGAUACACAUGUGUCGAUGGCUAGGCGGUCAGCGAUCGAUUGGAUAGUUCCCGUGGAGGAGAAGCCAAUCCGCCGACUCUCGGCUCGUGAGCGUCUACAACCGACGCUUGACGUAGCCAAAAAGGAAAAGGACAAGUUUGAGAAUAAGGCGAGGAUGACCGGUUACGCACUCAACAUUGCUAUUGGCCUACAAGUUUUGCUUGGUUCGUUGACGACUGGGUUGUCCGCCGUUGCGGUGUCAUCAGGAAAGCAGGGGAGUUGUACUGCGGUUACUACGACUAUUCUUGGCGCACUGGCGACUCUGGUAGCUUCCUACCUUGCAAGAGCUCGUGGUUCGAACGAACCUGAACUAUCGAUAGCUCGAACGAAAGAUUUGGAGCAGUUUAUACGUCAGUGUGAGGUUUUCCAGAUGGAUAAGGGGCAUGAGAUGGGAGAUAGGUUCGAUACAGAGCUGGCGGGAUUGAGGGUGCGUUUUGAGGAGCUUUUAGGGAAUACUGGGAAUUCCGAACGGAAGUUGGCCUCUGUUUAG